AUGAGCUGGAUCCACAAAAUCGCAGCUAGCUUCAGCAGCAGCAGCGGUGAGAAACCAGUGUACUACGAGAAUUUUGGCCACAAAGUCAAAUGGUCACCCCUUCACCCGAGCCAUGAGGAAGCAGCGGCCCUGCGGAGCCGUUGGGAUAAACUUGCAGACGAGUCACUGGCCAGGUUGGUUGCCGUCAAGGGAGAGAGGGAUCUAUACACUACAUUGAAGGAGGAGCAUCAGAACGAUGACGUGUUGGGCCAGUUGUGGACAGAGGUUAAUACGAUACCGGAAUGGGUCGAUUGGGAGCAGAUACAAAGGGGUCAAGACGUAUAUUAUCGAUAUGCAAUAGCUAUAGUGGCUGGAUUGACAUAUUCGAGUCUUCUAGGAGGGAUGGGCGCCCAUAAGAUUGCAGAGGUGCUGGCCCGUACAGGUGGCUUCUCUAAAUCGGUUGCGAAACGAAGGAUGUUUGAGACUACGCAACAUAUUUUACAGUGCACCAGGUCCCUCGAAUCGAUAAAGCCCGGAGGGGACGGUCACAUGUCCUCUAUCAAAGUCCGACUUCUUCACUCUGCGGUUCGUGGAAGGAUAUUAAAGCUCCGGGAGAAGAAUCCGGAGUAUUAUGAUCUUGAAGAAUUUGGGAUGCCAAUCAAUGAUUUCGAUUCAAUCGCAACGAUAUUGUCGUUUAGUGCGACAAUCUUGAUGAUUUCGUUACCUAAACAAGGAAUUUUUCCAACGAGACGAGAGGUUGCAGACUAUAUGGCUUUUUGGAGAUUGGUUGCAUAUUAUGUUGGCUGCCCUACAGACGUCUUUGCAACCCCUGAACUAGCAAGGGCUUACACGGAAUAUAUUCUCGUCCACGACAUCAAGCCAUCAGAAACUUCGAGGAUCCUAUCCCAAAAUAUCAUUGCUUCAAUUGCCAACACACCGCCCUCGUAUCCAUCUGCCGACUUCUUAGUCGCCACAGCCAGAUGGCUCAACGGAAACGAGCUGUGUGACGAGCUUGGCCUCCCGCAGGCACCCUUUUUCAGCAAGGUGCUAGUUUUCGCACAAUGUAUAUUCGCCUGCUAUAUCGGCUAUUCGUCCCGUAUAUUUCCCGGAUUCGAUAAACGCAAGAUUGAGACAACAAAGCGCAUCAUGCUCAAGAUCCUCGUCAGCAACGACGGUCUGGGGGGCUUAACAAACUUUGAGUUCCAGUUUGUCCCGCAAUUGACAACAAAGACAGAGGCAGGGAGCAUCGAGGCCAUGGAUCUGAAGUGGAAGGAGAUGAGGGGAUCGUCGGAAAAGAGAAACGCAAAGGUGUUGAUCAUCUUUUGUGUGUUUCUGGGGAUCAUGGGCCUGGUGGGUAUGUGGUUGUUUAUGAAGAUAGUGCAGUUUGUUGGGCCAAGUCUGUUUGGCCCUGCAGCUGUUGGGUUCACAAUUGCUACACAGAAUGGUGUCUCUAUCUGA